UCCUCGUAAAGUGAAUUUCAAAGGCGAAACACUUUCACACAACUUAACGCAUCAUCAUCAUGACCUUACACCGGACAAUAAGUUACACUAUCAUAUUGAUUUUAAAAAUGAGACAUUACAUUUAGAGCUAAGUCCAUCUACCAGAUUUUUAGCGCCGGGAAUGGUAAUUGAGAGACAUAAGCGUGACUUGCGAACACGAAACAAACCAAAACAUCAUUCGACGUGUCAUUACGAAGGACAUGUAAAAGGGGAUGAAGACAGCAAAGUUACCUUAAGCAGUUGCAAUGGAAUCGUAGGGAUGAUAAAACACAAAAAUGGUGAAUAUUACAUUGAACCAUCGAAGAAACAUCAUAAAGCAGCUCAUCAUUCUGGACAUCAUCAUGUUUUGUUCGAUAGAACAGCAUCGUUAGUGAGUCCCAAUGAACCUAUACUGCAGAAGAAAAAGCGACACAGACGACGAAAACGUCGCAUAAGUAAUUGCGGCACAAAAGCUGAUCCCAAAAGAAUGUCCGAAACUCUCAUUGAAUAUCAGCACCAAGGAAAGGUCAUUGUUCAAGGUGGUCGAAAGUUGCAUGAGCAUAGAAGAAAACACAGAGAAAGACGCUCAAUUUCGAGCCCGCGUCAUGUGGAAGCCUUAGUUGUGGCUGAUACAUCGAUGUACGAAUUCCACGAAGAUGUAGAAACUUAUGUUCUGACAAUUAUGAAUCUAGUGUCGUCACUCUACAAGGACCCAACGAUCGGUAAUUCGAUUCAGGUAGUCGUCGUUCGUUUAAUUGUGCUUGAAGAGGAUAAGUUGCAUGAGGGAUUAAACAUAUCAGUAGCUGCCGGGUCAACUCUCGAUAGUUUUUGCAAGUGGCAACGCACGAUGAAUAGCGAAGAAGAUGAUGAUCCUUUACAUCAUGAUGUAGCUAUUUUGGUCACAAGACUUGAUAUUUGUGCGUCAGCUGGAUGUUCUACAUUGGGCGUUGCAAAUGUAGGUGGAAUGUGUAAGCCAGAUCGUUCAUGUAGUGUGAAUGAAGACAGUGGAAUUACUUUAGCACACACAAUUACGCAUGAAAUUGGACAUAACUUUGGAAUGGUGCAUGAUACUGUCAAGACUGGUUGUGAGAAUCGAAACGGCAGGAUUUUACACAUAAUGACACCCAGUUUUGAGGCAGACACGGUGCAUGUUUCAUGGUCUAAUUGUAGUCGCAGAGAUAUAACGCGUUUCUUAGAUCAGGGUCUUGGACAAUGUCUGGAAGACUCACCUAUUGACAAUGCGUACAAUUAUCCGGAGCUUCAAGCUGGGGUUAUGUACACAGCAGACCAUCAGUGUCGACUGCAGUUCAACUCAACGGAUGAAUCUAUUGUAGUUUGUUCAAAACCCGAAGAAAUUUGCACAACCUUAUGGUGCAUGACCGACGAGGGUUGCAUUACAAAGUUGAGACCAGCUGCUUCGGGCACAACAUGCGGUCAUCACAAGUGGUGUCAAGAUCAGCAAUGCGUUGAAAUUGAUGAUCCACCGUUGAAAAUCAAUGGAGGUUGGGGAAAUUGGUCGAAAUGGAGUGAAUGUUCGAGAACAUGUGGCGCUGGAAUUCAAUCACAAAUUCGAUUCUGCGAUCACCCUAGUCCAGCUAACGGCGGUGAGUACUGUGUUGGCGAACGAGCUCGUUACAAAGUAUGCAAUACUGAAGAAUGUCCAGAAGAUGAACCAAGUUUUCGAGCUCAACAAUGUUCAUCCCAUGAUAAUGAUACUGUGAAAGGACAACAAUACACAUGGUUGCCGUACUUUGAUCAUCAUGAGCCAUGUGAAUUAUACUGCACUGAUUUGGAAGACACCGUCAUUGUUCCAUUUGGACAAUUCGCUGCUGAUGGAACGCCUUGUCGUAUUGGAACGAAUGAUAUGUGCAUUGGUGGAAUAUGCCGGAAAGUUGGGUGUGAUUGGGUUGUCGAUUCUAAUACAACGGAGGACCAAUGCGGUGUUUGUGGAGGAAAUGGCGAAACUUGUGAAUCAAUCAAACAGGAAUUCAUGAAGAAAGUGAAUAUAACUGAGGGAUAUUACGAGGUUGCAACCAUACCAGCUGGCUCUAGACAUAUUGUUAUUGAAGAAAUCAAACCAAAAAAUUAUAUUGCUAUCACUAACGCGCACACGAAAGAAUUUUACUUGAAUGGCAACAACAUUAUUUUAAUUAGUGGCGAAUAUGAGAUAGCUGGCAGUUUAGGAUUAUACGAAAGAGAACAUGAGUUGGAAAAAUUGACUCUUCCUGGACCAAUUAAAGAAGAUAUUACAAUUCAUGUGGUUUUGCGUGGUAAACAUAAAAAUUUGGGACUACGUUAUGAGUACACACUUCCGACAAAACUAAAGAAAGAGCCAAAGUACUACUGGAAACUUGGGGAAUGGACAGUUUGUAGUAGCACAUGCAAUGGCGGAAAGCAGUAUCGUCAUCCAAUUUGCUACGAAAAGGAUGAAGGAGUAGUCAAUGAUGAAAAAUGCAAAGAGUUUGCUGAAAACAAACGUCCCGAUAAGCAAGUAAAAUCGUGUAAUGAUAUUCCUUGUCCAUCACCUCGUUGGUGGGUCGGCCCUUGGCAGCUGUGUUCAGUUACAUGCCACAAGUUUGGCGACCCGGAUCCAAUUAGACGUCGAUCUAUUAUGUGCGUGAUCCAGAAUGAAAAUGUGCGGCCAGAUGAACAAUGUGAUCCAAAACUGAGACCAAAUGAGACUGAAAUUUGUCAUGUGCCAUUAUGCAACACCACUGAAGACAUCCCCAACGAUAUGCUAGAGACGGAAAGUGACAUGUCCUUUGAAAAUGAAUCAAUUGAUAAUAACAGCGAAAUGAGCAAUGUUAUCGAAUAAGUAAACUUGUAUGUUAGCACAUUCCUAUUGAAAGCUAUUGGAAAAGAAAACAAAUAAGCUUUUUUCAAAUCAAACA